AUGGCGCAAAAAAAUGUGGUUAUCGUUGGUGCUGGAGUUGCUGGGUUGACAACGGCCCUCCUCCUUUCCAAGGACCCCAUAUACAAGAUUGUUGUAACUGCAAAACAUAUGCCCGGUGACUAUGAUAUUGAAUAUGCUUCCCCAUGGGCUGGAGCAAACUAUAUGCCUGUUUCUUACACUGGUACCGACUCAGCAGAGUGGGAUAAGAACACCUGGGGUCCGCUGGAGGAGCUGGCCCGCAAUCACCCAGAUGCCGGUAUCCAUUUUCAAGAGUGUCAGAUUCUCAACCGGGCCAAAGACAGCCAGUCUGCCACGGCGGCCUGGUUUGCCGAACUGCUCUCGCCCAACCCGUGGUUCAAAGACGUCGUGCCCAAGUUCCACCCGCUUCCCAAGAGUGAGCUUGGCCCUGAAAUUGAUCACGGAGUUUCCUUCAUGUCUGUCUGCAUAAAUACGGCCAUCUACCUCCCUUGGCUCGUUUCACAAUGUUUAAAGCGCGGAGUCAUUUUUAAGCGCGCCUUUUUUAAUCAUAUUCUAGACGCCACAAAUCCUGGUGUUCAUCCAUUAGACAAGGUUCAUGUUGUCGUCAACUGUACUGGACUCAUGGCUAGCAAAAUCGGUGGUGUCGAAGACGAGGCUGUUGUGCCUGCUCGAGGACAGAUUGUUGUCGUCCGCAACGACGCUGGAAGGAUGCUAAGUAUCUCUGGAACCGACGAUGGAGAUGAUGAAGCGUGUUACGUUAUGACAAGAGCGGCUGGUGGCGGCACAAUUCUGGGCGGCUGCUACCAGAAGGGUAGCUGGGAUGGCAAUGUUGACCCCACCCUUGCAAUCCGGAUUAUGAAAAGGGCGGUCAAGCUCUGUCCUGAGUUGACAGACGGAAAAGGGAUUGAGCAUCUGGAUAUUGUUCGUCACGGCGUUGGUUUGCGGCCGGUGCGAGAAGGUGGAACCAGAAUCGAAAAGGAACGCAUCGGAGGCGUGACAGUGGUGCACAACUAUGGUUCAGGCGGAGCCGGAUAUCAGAAUUCGUAUGGGUGCUCACUGGCAGCGGUGAAGCUGAUUGAGGAGGCUGUGGCUUCACAAUCGAGGCUGUAG